GGGGUGGUUUAAAUGUAUGACCGCAUGCAGUCUUGCUUUAAAUAUGCACUUGUCCUGCUUUUAUUUUAAACAAAGCCAGAUAGAAACUUAGCAAGUGAACUUCUUCAUCUUUGGUCUUCCUCAUACAAACUACAAGAUGGAGAUAAUCAACCGCAACAAUGAUGCCGAGACCAAGACGUGGCACAAACACAAAUGCGGCAGUUCUUGCCUCGGUCCUCUCACCUUCCACCACAAAGCCGUGGGAGACAUGGUCCUUCUGAGCUACGGCUGUCGACAGGCAAACAGACCCAAAAACACCUUCAAGAACGGCCUGGUGUUCAGCAGCCGCCCGGUGAGGGUCCAGGAGCGGAUUCGCCUGUGGGUGGAGGAAGACGUGGCUCGAUGGCAGGGAGCAAUGAGGCUGGGUUUUACCAACGUGCCGCCAGAAGCCCGAACUCUGCCUCUGCCCUGCUUGUCCAUGCCUGACCUCGUCCAAACCCCCGGGCACUGGGUCGCCCCCCUGCAUGAGGCCUCCUGCCGUGCAGGUGCAGAAGUACAGUUCUGGGUCUCCCAUUCCGGCAAAGUGUAUUUUUUAGACCAGAAAAAGCGCCGGCAUGAGCUGCUAAAAGGAGUCGACCUCAGCAGACCUCUGUGGGCCGUGAUCGACAUCUACGGACAGACCUGCUCCAUUAUCCUCCUGGGUUCAGAAAAAAGGGGCCGGAUCUCCAUCAGAAGAGCAUGCAUGAGUCUUGCCUCGACCGACUUCCUCUCCCUCCUCAACAUGGAGCCGGCAGCAGAUCGAGAAGAACCGAUGACCUGCGUGGUGUGCUUGAGCCAGCAGGCCAACGUCACUCUGCUAUGCGGCCAUCGCUGUAUGUGUCCCACGUGCGCCGACGGCGUCUUUAAGCAGUUUGGAACGUGUCCCCUGUGCAGGCGGAGCAUGAAGGGCCCGUCGCUGGCUUGGCGACAGGUCAUCCCGGAGUGCCAGAAGAACAAAGCCACUGAGAGCCAAUGACAUGCACAUAAACUAAAUGCAUUUGUAUUUUAUUCAUAUCUGAAUGUCUUUUAUAUUGUUAUUUUAUUUAAUCUGUUUUUUUAAAUUAAGAGAGCAGAUCUUCAUUUGUACUAUUAAUGUACUCUGAAAUGUUUGUAUGAAUACAUGAAAUAUAUA